GAAGUUGCCUAUGAAGGGAGGGCGUCGAACACUGAUGCCCAUGCUUUAGCUAGAAGCUCGAUUUAUGAAUCAUUAGGAAGACAUGUUUGGUUUUUUUAUCCUCCUGAUAGAGUUUGUAGUGGCUACGCUGUUUGAGUAAAGUUGGCACACCCCCUAAAAAAAUUAACGCGGCAAAGACUUGGUCAGUUGCCAGCUGGUCAACCAAGUUCUGCUGCUCUUCGCAUUCGUGCAACGCACCGGCGGCCAGUCGCCGUCACACUAUUUGUGAGCGCCUCCAUUUGCUCCGGUUUGGACGGUUUCUUCAUCACCCAUGGCCUGAGCUCUGAGCCUCUGACCAGUCCAGCAGCACACCUCCAACCACCUCCUCCCUUGGCUGUCCUCAUCGCCUCCGAUUCCGAUCGUCCCGACUGCCGAUGUGGUCACAUCUGUAGCCGGCGAGGGCAGUCAAGGAACCCCAUCGCAGCGAUGGCGGAGAUGGUCGGGUCCAUCGUCGUCGGCGAGGUGGUCAGCCGGACCUCCUCCUUCCUCCUCAGCAGGCACCGGGACCGGCUGAGCGCGCGGGAGUGCGUCGAGCGGCUGGAGAUGGCGCACAUCCGGAUGGAGGCCGCGCUGGAGGUGUCCGCGCGGUGGCGCGCCGCGGACGCGCCCCUGCUCCGGUGGCGCCGCCGCCUGCGCCGCGCCGCGGGCGAGUGCGACGCCGCGCUGCACCGGUGGAAGCUCCGGGAGCUGCAGGAGGAGGCCGCCCGGGAGCGGCUGGCGCGGGCGCCGCUUCCGGGGCGCGUCGCGCACGCCGUCCUGUGCUUCGUCUCGGCGCUCCUGGCGCUCGCCCGCCGCGGCCGCGGGGACGAGGCCUCCCGCGCCCGCGCCGCCGUGCAGAGGUUCGAGAGGCUGGCCGACGGCGCCGCCGAGUUCCUCAGGUGCGUGGAGUUCAACGCUGCGCCGCGGAAGCGGAGGCUGCUCGGCCCCGCCGUCGGGGAGCUCGGCGACGGCAUGCUGCGGGGAGCCGGAGCUCGGCACUGUUUCCUGGGGGCCGCUGGUGGAUCGGGGAGCCUGGCGGAGGUUUGGAUGGGAAGCAGCAAGCCUUGCCGCGGUUACGGCAAGCGCAGGGCGUCCGGGAAGAAAUUGCUCCUCCUGGUAUGUUUCUUCUUAAAUAAUCUCCCUAUACACACUCUUCACAUCUUCGAUGACAUCAGUCGAGCUCGUGCAGUCUUACGAUCAUCGCUAGUUCGUUCCAGAGUCCGACUAAUGGCGGAGAUCGUGAGUUCCGCGGUGGCCGAGGGGAUUGUGACCCAGAUCGUGUCCAGCGUCCUCGACAUGCAGAGGCAGGAGCGGAGGCCGAGCGAGGAGGAGCGCCUGGAGCGGCUGGAGAUGGCGCACAUCAAGCUGGAGGCGGCGCUCGAGACCUCCGACAAGUGGCGGAUCAGCGACGCGUCGUUGCUCCGGUGGCGCUGCAAGCUCAAGCGCGCCGCCCGGGAGUGCGACGACGCGCCGCGCCGGUGCAAGCGGCGCGCCGUGGAGGACGUGGAGAGGCGGCGGGCGGCGAGGGGCGCGUCCUUCCCCGCGCGGCUCGCCCACGCCGCCAGGUCGUUCCUCUCCUCCGGUUCCGGCAUCCUCGGCGGCGGCGGCGGCGGCGACGACGACGGGCGCGGCUGGAGCGGCCCCGCAGUCCGGCGGUUCGAGUGGUACGCGGACGGCGCCGCGGAGUUCCUGAGGUUCGUGGAGCUCGGCGGCACGCCGCGGCGGUACGCGUUCUUCGACCCGCUCAUCGCCGCCGGCGACGAGCUCCGGUACCGGCUGGUCUGUGGCAGCCAGUACCACCUGUUCUGCGUCCGUCCCAUAUCCCUGGAAGGCCGCGGGGUAGAGGCGAAGCUCAUCUUCAUCAGCGAGGACUCCGACGCGCCGGAGAAGAACCUGUGCAUCAGCUCGAUGCUCCGGCUCUCGGAGAGCACGGACAUCGUCGGGACCACCAUCAAGUGCCUGCAGCUGCUGGUCACGCCCCACUUCAGGUCCACGGCCGAGGCCGCGGCCAGGGAGCUCGCGAGCCUGCCGACGCAGGACUUCUCCUGGGUGCCCUACGCCGACUCCACCCACAAGGAGCACUGGAACAGCAUCCACCGAGACAUGAGCCAGUGCUUCCGCCCGGACCCGCUCUGCUGCAGCAGCCAUCAGCAUCGCGCAGAGCCGCCCUGCGAAGGCGACACGGGCGCCAUGGGGCUACCAGAAGUGUCUCUGGAGUCAGUGAUCGAGGUGUACUGGCAGUGCCAGAUCCCCCUGUCCGAGGACAACACGCAGAGGAGGAGGGCGAUCGCUGAAGGCCGAGCAGCUUCGUCGAGAGACGCGCCGCACCUGAAGCUCGGGCUCCUGUUCACGCCCCAUGGCUCGUUAGGGCGGAAAAUAAAAGUAGCCGCCGUGGACCAUUCUGCCGCAUAUACGGACGCUCCCGGACGCUCCCAUCGUAGUCGCAGCAGGUUGUUUUCGAGAUGAACGCGACUUGGAUUUUCCAAUCCAUUUGUUGACGUAUACGGCAGUUUUUAAAAUCAGUAUACACGAACAUAAGAUCCCACCAGGGAUUGCCUUUCCCUGCAUUUUCUGGAUCCCUCCACGCCAUUCUGAGGGUGUUUAAUGGGUGAAAAAGUUUGGA